GUCUUGAAAUAUAAAGUUUUUAAAAGUAUGGUAGGGCCUAGUUAUUAAAACAUAAAUCAACUUUCUUAGCACAAAUGUAAUUUAUUAGAAUAAUAAGUUAUGUAAAAAUAUGUUUUCCCAGCCAUGCAUGUAAAGUAAAAUUCAGAGCAUUUUUCUGUUCACUUUAUUCCAAUAACAGUAAUAUCAAUAAUGUUAAACUGCCCCAAAAAUAAAGAAAUAAACGAACAGCAGAGAUCAGCGACCUCCAGAACUUUAACAAAUGGAUUAAAUCCCAUUUUCAGUCACAUCUCGGAGCUGCAGAUACAUGAUUGGCUCAUUGUGGAAGUCUAAACAUGCUGUAAAUUAGAGUCACUUCUGAUUGUUUCCUCUCGGAGCCGUUGUGUGGCUCCAGAAUCACUUCAAACUGCUGUUUGGUUUGGACUCCGGGUCGUGGGAGGAGCUGGUUCCUACCCGGAGAGGAGGGCAGCUCUUUAAGGAUCUCGCUCUCUUUGGGGCUAUAAAGACGUUGCGCCUUCAAGACUGCAGCAAAUUAACUCCAUUGGCGAAUUAUUGCAUUACAACGCAUCGCUCCACGCAUCGUUUUUUCUUUUUUUUUCUCUUUAUGGUGAUUUUUGAUUAAAGCGAGCAGGAUUUCGGUGAGACAUGAUGGAGUACAUGGAGGAUAAGUUUGCGUUGAAAAGCCAAGGGAUGAAGGCCAGCGAUUACUACAUGGACCAAGUCAUGGAGAGCCUGGACAGCGCGCAGUACUUCACCAAGUCCUCCCCGAAAUGUGUGCAGGCCUUCGGGCUGCAGAGCGCCGAGCACCGCUCCUCGCCCUGCGGAGAACAGAACGCUAAUUACGGAGUGCCAAAAACAGACGAGGACACUUUGCACUCGGACCUCGGCAGGUCUUUGGACAGUUGUUGCACUCUGCGGGCCUCUCCUGUCACCACCGGACAGGAGAAAACGGAUUUGGACGACAUGGGGGACAAAUGCGACAGCAACGUGUCCAGCAGCAAGAAGAGGAGACACCGGACCACUUUCACCAGCGCGCAGCUGGAGGAGCUGGAGAAAGUCUUUCAGAAAACUCACUAUCCAGAUGUUUAUGUGAGGGAACAGCUGGCCAUGAGGACGGAAUUAACAGAGGCCAGGGUGCAGGUUUGGUUUCAGAACAGAAGAGCAAAGUGGAGGAAAAGAGAGCGCUACGGGCAGAUCCAACAAGCCAAGACUCACUUUGCAGCCACGUAUGAUUUAUCAGUAUUACCGAGGACCGACAGCUACACACAGAUUCCCAACAACCUGUGGCCGAGCGCGGCCCCCGGGGGCCCCGUGGUCUCCUCCUGCAUGAUCCCCCGGGGCUCCCCUCCCUGCGUCUCCUCCUACUCCCACUCCCCCCGGUCGGCGGCCGGCGCCGGCGCCGAGCACGGCUACGUGGGCUUCCCCAACCAGCAGAACCAGUUCGGCCACGUCUCCCUCAACAACUUCUUCAGCGCGGACUCCCUCCUCUCGCCGGCCGCCAACGGCCACCACGCCUUCGAGACCAAACCCGAGUUCGAGCGGCGCUCGUCCAGCAUCGCCGUGCUGCGCAUGAAGGCCAAGGAGCACACGGCCAACAUCUCGUGGGCCAUGUGAUCAAUCAGGGAGCGAGUCGGGGAAGUCUGGAUCAUGUACGGAAAAAACCCUUUUUACCGUAUUUCCUCAAAUAGUAGCCGGGGCUUCGAUUAACCCGAAGAACUAUAUUUGGUAACCUCAGUGGACAUCUAAAUGGGGUCCCCAAUAUUUCAUCAAAAAGUUGCAAAUUUACUAGAUUAAAGUGGCAAAUCUAGAAGAAAAAAGUCGCAGAU